ACAAAUGUAUUCAACAAUUGAUCGCUGGACUGACUAUGAGUCUGAAUAUAAUGGUGGUCUCCUAAGUGGUGGUGGAGGACAGUCGUACAUAGAUUUACAGCACCAUCAGCUACAGCAGCUACAACAACAACCAUUGAAUCCAAUGAUUACAUUGACAUCAUCGAUGGUAACGGCAUCGACAACACCCGACUCUACGCCGACACUACUAUCGCUUGAUUCCGAUAAUAAUUGCAAUGAUUAUAAAUAUGCCAUUUCAAACACUAUUACUACUACUACUACUACCGGAGCCGAAAGUGGUGGCACUCAUGACAAUUGUCUGCCGCCGCCGCCGACUACAGGCAACACAACACCGACAACUGCCGGCGGCUUUCAUCAUCCACUCUAUGCUUAUAAUAGCAGUCUAUGUGAUACACCGUACGCCCGAUGUUUGCCGCCUUACGAUAUGUUUGCAUAUCCGACACAAUUACCACCGUUAAGUCAAAUGGGUCUGGACGGGGCACGUUUUCUGGAACCGCUACAAAUACCUACCGAUGCCCUAUCGGUAGCCCAUCAUCAUCAUCUACCCUUAUCGUCGACAUCGUCGGCCAGCCUAUCAGUGUCUGGCGGCGAUCCGCCAGCCAUAUCAUCGCCACAGCACACAUCGCCAGCACUACCAACCGAUACGGCUGUACUGUCGCCCAAUUCCAGAUCCAGUCCAUCCAACAACAACAACAACAUUGUCGACAUUAAACCACAGAUAAAUGUUAUCAAUGGAUUGAUUAGCGUCAGUAAUGCCAGCCGAACAAGUAGUCAGAUGAUGAUGAGUCCGCCGAUGAGUCCAUACGAUUCCGAUAGCAACCUAAGCGUUGUCGAUGAAAGCGAUGAUGAACUGGACGAYCAUCAUCUGGGAUCUGACGAUAUGAUCGGUAGGCGAAGUUCUAAGUUAAGCGGUGACGGUACAGAUGGUGGCCAAUCGGGUGGUGGCGGCAGUUCAGAUCAGACGACACCGAAAAAACGUAAACGACGUGUACUGUUCUCCAAGGCUCAGACCUAUGAACUUGAACGUCGUUUUCGUCAACAGAGAUACCUAUCGGCGCCCGAAAGGGAACACUUAGCUAGUAUUAUACGACUGACCCCAACACAAGUCAAGAUUUGGUUUCAGAAUCAUAGAUACAAAACAAAGCGCGCCCGACAAGAGAAAGGCCUUGAAAUGAAUCCGCUGCCAUCGCCCCGUCGGGUGGCCGUACCCGUACUGGUCAGAGACGGUAAACCAUGUCAGCCGGGUAUGAUGAAACCGGGCCAUCAUCACCAUCAUCAUCAUCCACAUCAUCCGCAUCAUCAUGGUGGUGGUGGUCAGGAUAUGGUCGGCAACGGUGAACUGUCUCAAUUGCCUGCCGGUGCCGCCGCCCAAUGUAUGACAUCGUUCGGUAUGAAUAUGCCGCCAGCCUAUGGCCAUCAUCUGAUGCAUCAGCACCCGUGGUGGUAGGGAUGAAUACCCCUCCCCCUCCCUAAAACCUACCUACCCGUCAUCUACACAAACACAUAACGGUGCCCAUACUCACUGUCUGUCUCUCUUUUUUUUAAUUAUUAUUAUUUAGUAAAAAUACAUUUGU